CAAUCAGGACCUCAGCUGAAAUGAUGUGAGCGGGGCCACGCUGCGCCUGCGCAAUGCGGACGUCGCCAUUCCUGUCCCAUGGCAAGAUUGCGUUUCACCUGCUCCUGAAGGCCGAAGGUGGCUCUAGCGCAUCCUUUGUCGCGCCGUGACCUGCAGGUACUGACAGAUCCGUGGGGAGGACACCGUGACUUCCCGGAUGCUGGGAAAUGGACUCAGUCUCCUUUGAGGAUGUGGCUGUGAACUUCACCCUGGAGGAGUGGGCUUUGCUGGAUUCUUCACAGAAAAAGCUCUAUGAAGAUGUGAUGCAGGAGACCUUCAAAAACCUGGUCUGCCUAGGAAAAAAGUGGGAAGACCAGGACAUUGAAGAUGACCACAGAAACCAGGGGAGAAAUCGAAGAUGUCAUAUGGUUGAGAGACUCUGUGAAAGUAGAAAAGGUAGCAAAUGUGGAGAAACCACUAGCCAGAUGCCCAAUGUUAAUAUCAACAAGGAAACUUUUACUGGAGCAAAACCACAUGAAUGCAGCUUUUGUGGAAGAGACUUCAUGCAUCAUUCGUCCCUUAAUAGGCACAUGAGAUCUCACACUGAACAGAAACCAAAUGAGUAUCAGGAAUAUGAAAAGCAACCAGGUAGACGUAAAGCAGUUGGGAAAACCUUCAGUUAUCGCCACUGCUUUCGCAAACGUGAAAGAACUCACACUAGAGUGAAGCCCUAUGAAUGUAAACAGUGUGGGAAAGCCUUUAUAUAUUACCAGCCAUUUCAAAGACAUGAAAGGACUCAUGCUGGAGAGAAACCCUAUGAAUGUAAGCAAUGUGGAAAAACCUUCAUAUAUUACCAGUCUUUUCAAAAACAUGCUCAUACUGGAAAGAAACCCUAUGAAUGUAAACAGUGUGGGAAAGCCUUUAUAUGUUACCAAUCUUUUCAAAGACACGAAAGGACUCACACUGGAGAGAAACCCUAUGAAUGUAAGCAAUGUGGUAAGGCUUUCAGUUGUCCCACAUACUUUCGAACUCAUGAAAGAACUCACACUGGAGAAAAACCCUACAAAUGUAAAGAAUGUGGUAAAGCCUUCAGUUUUCUCAAUUCUUUUCGAAGGCAUAAAAGGACUCAUAGUGGAGAGAAACCCUAUGAAUGUAAAGAAUGUGGAAAAGCCUUCUUUUAUUCUGCAAGCUUUCGAGCACAUGUAGUAACACACACUGGGGCUCGACCUUAUAAAUGUAAAGAAUGUGGGAAAGCCUUCAACUCUUAUAAUUCCUGUCGAGUGCACGAAAGAACUCAUAUUGGAGAAAAACCAUAUGAAUGUAAACAAUGUGGUAAAUCAUUCAGUUGGUCCAUUUCUCUUCGAUUGCAUGAAAGAACUCAUACUGGAGAGAAACCUUAUGAAUGUAAACAGUGUCAUAAAGCCUUCAGUUUUUCAAGUUCUCUUCGAGAACACGAAACAACCCACACUGGAGAGAAACCCUAUGAAUGUAAACAAUGUGGUAAAACCUUCAGUUUUUCAAGUUCCCUUCAAAGACACGAAAGGACUCACAAUGCAGAGAAACCCUAUGAAUGUAAACAGUGUGGGAAAGCCUUCAGGUGUUCAAGUUAUUUUCGAAUUCAUGAAAGGUCACACACUGGAGAGAAACCCUAUGAAUGUAAACAGUGUGGAAAAGUUUUCAUUCGUUCCAGUUCCUUUCGACUGCAUGAAAGAACACACACUGGAGAGAAACCCUAUGAAUGUAAACUAUGCGGUAAAACCUUCAGUUUUUCAAGUUCCCUUCGAGAACAUGAAAAAAUUCACACUGGAAAUAAACCUUUUGAAUGUAAGCAGUGCGGUAAGGCCUUCCUUCGUUCCAGUCAAAUUCGAUUGCAUGAAAGGACUCACACUGGAGAGAAACCAUAUCAAUGUAAACAAUGUGGAAAAGCCUUCAUUUCUUCCAGUAAAUUUCGAAUGCAUGAGAGAACUCACACGGGAGAGAAACCCUAUCUAUGUAAACAAUGUGGGAAAGCCUUCAGAUUUUCAAGUUCUGUUCGAAUUCAUGAAAGGUCUCACACUGGAGAGAAACCUUAUGAAUGCAAACAAUGUGGAAAAGCCUUCAUUUCUUCCAGUCACUUUCGACUGCAUGAAAGGACUCAUAUGGGAGAGAAAGUCUAAGAAUAUAAGCAACAUUCUGAAGCCUUUGGUUGUUCCAGCUCCUUCUGAAUACACAAAAGAGUUCAUACUGGACAGAAGCUGUGUGAAUACAAACAUUGUUCUAAAGCCCUUGAUUGUUCCAGUUUCUUUUGAACACGAAAGAAUUCCCACUGGUGAGAAACCAUAUGAAUGUAAACAUUGUGAUUAAGCCUUCAGUUGACCUAAUUCAUUUCAAAGACAGGACUCCUGCUGCAGUGAAAUCUGUUUUUUUUUGUUUGUUUGUUUGUUUUUAAAGGCCAAGCUUGUUGGCUCAUGCCUAUAGUCCCAGCACUUUGAGAGGCCAAGGCGUAAGGUGGGCAGAUCAUUUGAGGUCAGAAAUUUGAGACCAGCUUGAUCAACAUGGUGAAACCCUAUCUCUACUAAAAAUUACAAAAAAAUUAGCCAGGCAUGGUAGCGCAUGCCUCUAAUCCCAGCUACUUGGGAGGCUAAGGCAGGAGAAUCGCUUGAACCUGGAGGCAGAGGUUGCAGUGAGAUCACACCACUGCAUUCCAGCCUGUGUGACAGAAUAAGACACUGUCUCAAGAAAAAAAAAAGUGGGAAAAUCUUCAACUGUCCUCUAGAGUGUGAAUAUAUGAAAGGACUCAAGAGUGGGGUGAAAGUCUACAAAUGUAAGAAAUUUGGGAAAGCCUUCACACAGCCUUUUGAGCACACAUGAGAAUGUAUACUGGAGAGAAACCCUAUAAAUAUUAAGAAUGUGGGAAAUUAUUCAUCCUAGUUCUUUUGUUGUUGUUGAUGAUACAAAAAUAUUUUCAUUUAAUAAAGAUUGUCAGGUUAUAUUUAAUGAGAAAGAAAGCAUCACGUAAACAGCCCAGUAAUAAAAUUCUAUGAUCUUAUAAAUUAUAACAUUUUUCUUUAAAAUUGGAACAUAUUCUCAUUAUGCUUUCCAAAGGACAUAUUGAUUUAGAUGUGACUCAUUCUUCAGUGGAUUCUACAGAAGAAACCAUAUGAGAGCUAAUUUCCAAUUCAGCAACAGCAUUUUUUACUUCUGUAGUUAUUUUUUUCUAUCCAAUCUGGCUGAAUCUUGGUUGAGUAGUUCAUGCUGCUAUUUGAGGUCUCUGGGUAUGAGGUAGGGAUCCUUAAGUUUUCUCUCAUAAUAUGUUCUCUGUUGAGACCCACACUAUUAAGAUUUUCACACAAGGUAACUCUUGGACUGGCCUAUAGUAAAAAUGGAGUGUAAACAUUUGACGCACUUCGUCUGUAGAAGUUUGGUGCAGACUGCUGCUAGUAUCUCAUUCGUUCCGUGGAUGGACUUCUAAUUUUUCUCUUUCUUGUCUUGCUCUUUCUUCAUUCUCUCAUUUCAACUUCUCUACAUAUUCUAUAUCACGUUCAUUUCCAUAUGACUUUUCAGAUUUACUACUUCUGUUACAGGCUUGCCAAUGCACCACAGUGUAGCAGUUUUUUGUUUUCUGAGGUAGUAUGUGGAGUUAUUUGUCUUACUUCCAAGAAGAUUAAGGAAGGCAGACACAAGGGUGAGAUUGGAGCAGAAGCUUAAUAUGCAAAAAAAGAAAGCUCUCUGCAGCAGAGAGUGGAGCCCAAAUGGGUUGCCCACUAUGAGGCUGGGUCUGGGAUUUUUAUAGACUGGAAAGGGGAAGAAAUGUGCUGACUAGUCUGAAGGCUGUCUUGGCAAAGCAUGAUUCAGCCUGGCCCAGGACCUUGGCCUGGGACCAAUCAGAGGCUGAAGUGAUGAUUCAUAGAGGCUAAAGAAUGUUAAAAAAAAGGAAGUGCCCACCAGAACCUACCGGAGCCCACCAGCUAUAUGCCAAUAAAAGGACUAGAGGCUAUUUCCUGGAAGCCCACUAGUUAUACAAAGGACGAAGGCAUUUCUAUGUUGGGCCUUGUUCCUUUACUUAAGUGGACUAAAGGUUUGUGCAAGUUUCCUUAUCUGAGUGGGCUAAAAGUUCUGUCUGUGCAGCUGUGGGCAUAUCUCUAGGCAUGUCUCCCUGUGCUAAUUAUUAUUAUUUUUUAAUCCAAUCAGAGAACUUGUUAAAUGUGGAAAUAAGGCACUAACCAGUGGGUCGGGGGCUCUCCAAAAACCCUUCCCUUGCUGUUUACCUAAGGCAAGCUAGCUAACUCCUCUCACUUCUUGUUCCAACACCUUUUUAUUCUCAAAUUCUUUACAUUUCUGUUGUAUCGUUUUCAUAGAUAAUAAUUCCUGUUGAAGAACUUGAUUGUUUUCAGCCAGAUAUAGACAUUUUGAAGAUGCACCUUCCAGUUCUGCUGUAAGAUUAUCAAUCUUAUGUUUUAUCUUUUUAAUCUGAAUAUCCAUUUCAAGUUGACUGGUUUUUAAAUAUCCAUGGAAACGAAACUCUUCAGUUUCAUAUUCAUUUAACUUCUUUUCUGUCAUUUCUAAGAGUUUCUUGUGCAUCCUAGUUCAUUUUGAGACCACGAAACCAUGCACACAUUUAAGAGCAGCUUCUUAAAUGUAAGCAAUAUGGAAAUGUCUUCAAUUACUUAUGCAACCCUUUCCACCACCUUAGGACGAAUUGAAGGACUGAGGAGAAAGGACUUGGGUCCCAACAGGCCUUUCUUGGAACCCCGUCUGAAGUUAAGAAACACUCCCACCCCUUAGCUCACAUACGUGACUGCACAGAAUUGAGAGGGCUCCCACAAUCUGCCUUUAACUUUUCCUCAGUGUCCUUAGGUCAGAUCUUUGGGGAUGCUGUGGUUCUGAAAACAAAGGUGCAUCCCAUAGUUCUCCAGUGGGAUCUGCCUGUGGACACCCUAAUUCAUGGCUGUCAGCAUCAUGUUAUUCCAAGGCCGUCUGAAGGUCAUGUCCAGCUCCGUUUCCCAUCCAAACCCACACUGUAGAUUCUUGCUGGUAAAUGUGUUUAAAAGUUCACACUAAGGCCGGGCACGGUGGCUCAUACCUGUAAUCCCAGCACUUUGGGA